GUCAAGAAGAAAGCAGAGUUAGUGUUUGUCUUAAACCAUACAAUAAGUUUUGCACUAAAAGGGAAAAGUUUUAGUUCCUAAUUUAAAUUACUCAGUUAGAGACAUGGGCUCUCCCACACUAGAUUGAUUUCUAACUUCCCGUGCAAUAAAUGAUGACCUUGUACUUUUGUUUUUAAAGAAUUACAUAUUUUUAUCUAAUGUAUUUUGCCUAUAAGUGUAUCUGUGCAUUACCUACAUCCAGUGCCCAUGGAGGCCAAAAGAGGGCAUCAGUCCUGCCCCCUCCCCCCAACCAGAAUUACAGACAGUCGUGAACUGCCACGUGGGCGCUGGGAAUGGAAUGUGGGUUCUCUGGAAAAGCAGCUAGUGCUCUUAAUUCCUGAGCCAUCUCUCCAGUUCCUGAGUUUGUAUUUUCCAAGCUCCUGUCUCUACCUUCCUAAUGCUGGGAUUUCUCAUUCCACCAUGCCUGGCUUGUGUGAUACUGAACAUUGAGAACCUAAUAACUAAACCAUGCCCCAUCCCUAUUUCCUUAUUUUAAAAGAGAUGCUAAGAAAAAAGCCAAGUGGCUAAAUAUAUAUCACCCUUUUAGCAUAUUCUGUAGACACAACAAACAGGUAGAAAAACUGGAAAUAGAACUAAGAGUGACAAUAAGAAUCCUGCAUGAGGCAGAAAGGAGUUAGCAAGCACCAGGGAUCGCUGGCAUGUUUCUGCUGUGACCAAGUGCAUAGCCAUCAGCUCAUUAGCAAAAGGUAUCAGGACCAGCUUCAUAGAGCAAAUGGCAAAACAAAGGCCAGAACAAAGACGAGGGAUCUACACGAAUAUUCAUGUGGAAGGAUUUUUAUAUGUUAAACACUUUUUUAAAAUUUGUAUGUAGCAUGUGGAGCCCAUGUGCAUACAGGAGCCUGGGGAAGCCAGAAGAGGACAUCAGAGCCCCAGUACUGGAGUUUACAGGAGGUUGUGAGCAACCACACGGUCUCAGGGAACAGAACCUGGGGUUUCUACCAGAGCAGCAAGUGCUCUUCACCAACGAGCCAUCCUCCACCCCCAAGGGUUUUUAUUUUAAUUUUUAAUUGGCUUAGGACUAGGAACAAGAGCAACAGGGUGAGAUACGGAAACAGGUACUGCAAUGGGCUAGGUCAGAAUCACAUUUUUCUGGUUAAAAAAACAAAAACAAAGCCCGUGCAAGUUACUUUACCUGCUGAAAUCUCAAAUUUCCUCAUCAUGAAGUAAGACAACACUAUUCUGGGAGACUGCUAAUCUUACCAAAAUGUCUGAGACACACGAGGUGCCUAACAAAUAUUAGUACUAAUAACAAUCACAAUAGUAUUUUUCUCUUUUAUAGUAAUAUGUGUUAAAAGUAGAAAAUGUUAAUUACAAGCAUUGAGAACUAUAUGUGAAAAUCAAAAUAAAAUUUUUUCCCCUUUUUUCUUAGGAGAGUUUUUCAUGCUUAGAAAAUGGUUAAGUGCAUACUGAGACUAUGAACAAUGAGAUCAACAAGCUUUUCUUUCCUUUGAUGAAUACAGUGUUUAAAAAAAUAAUAACGUCCUUGUAACUUUAUGUGUGAUCCACUGUGCACACUGUCGGGCACCUAAUGAAGAAGCAGCGCAUAUUCCAGUUAUUAAUACAGUAGUGUGCAUUUCUUUUCAGCAGCAGAAUUAGCAAAGCUAAUGUAGCAGCAAUGACCCGUAUGAAGACACGGCUGUAAGUCCUACAUGAAGUUUUAUUACACAAGUUUGGAGGUGGUACAUUUUGAGACCUUGGUUCUAACUGCAUUAAUUGCUAAGGUUAAAAAAAAAAACCAAAAAACUACAUUUCAUUUUCAGCAUUUACAGUUUACAGGCUUUGUAAAACAGCAAAAGAAUUGUCCUGUUUUUCAAGCGCCACAUAUUUCCUUAUACAAUAAAGAGCUCAUUACCACGAACUACAUCAGAUGACAUUUUACUCUCUCUAUAUCCCAAACUGGCCUGGAACCCUUAAUCCCCAUCUUUUUCAGCUCCUGAAUAUUGGGGUUGCUCAUAUGUGCCAAUACACCUAGCUCAGAAGGCUUUCUUUUGUUAAACCAAACCCAAAAGACACCCAGAACCAACAUUGGGAAACCAUAUGGCAUGCUGAAAGUCUGGUGGGUCAGGAAUCAACCGCCAAAGCUCAGCCUUGCCACUACUCUGUACAGCCUUGGGAAAGUUACUAAUCUCUCUGAUUCUCAGAGUCAUCUAAGUUGUAAGGAAGGAUACUCUCACAUUAAUCUUACACACUAGGAACGUUAAACAUUCAUAUUAUGUUGUGCUGGUAUAUUACAUUAAUAACAUAGUCAAUAAACACCCACAGUGUGCCAGGCUAUAUGUUAACAUUUAAUCCCUUAUACAACACCUAUAAAGAGAAAGCUGGAGAGGUGGCUCAGUAGUUAGCAGCACUGGCUGAUCUUCCAGAGGACAAAAAUCUCAGGUCCUAGCACCCACAUGGCAGCUCACAACAGUCUGUAACUCUAAUUCCAAGAAAUACGUAUCUCUUUCUGGUGUUUGCCAGCACUGCACUUGUAUGGUGUAGAGACAGAUAUGCAGGCUAAACACAUACACAUAAAUUGAAAAUACUAUUUUUUUAAAAGCAAAAAAAAAUCAUAUUCUUAGUUCAAGCAUUUUGUAUUUUACAGAACAUAAAUUCAAAUAUGGUAAACACUUCAGUUCUAUGCAUCUCAAGUGACUGACAAGCUUUUAGAAAAUAUAGUCUCCUGACAGGAGCAAGAAAAGGGUACUUCUCAUCAUAAUAUCAGCUAAGUAAUUCAAAGGUCCUUUAACAACAAUGCUCCCUAGAUAGCUUUCAUAUACAUUUCUUACCCUCAGUUAGCUAAGUCAAUCUACCUAUUCUCCCUUGUUUUGGCUAAUGCUGUUUGUAACUGGUCUUGGUCUGUAGUCCAGACUGACCUCAUAUUCACAGCAAUCCCCCUACCUCAGCCUCCCAAGUACUGGGCUACAUGCAUGAGCCACAUGCCUGGUUUUAAGUAUUCUCUUUCUCAGUACCACAAAUGCAAACAUGCACAAACCUAGUCAGACUGCAUGGUAUGAGGAGAAAUAGCUACCUCUGGCUGUGCUAGGCAGUGCCCUGAAAGCAUCAAAUUAUCUUCAAUCUAAUGCUAGCUCUGCAAAUAUGUGAUUUUCCUACAGUUUACAAAAUUAAAUUCUAAGAAAAUAAUUGAUCAGCAAUACAGUUAAGAGUGGAGCCUGAAUGGACCACAGGCUUGCACGAUUCUGAAGCCCAUGUCCUGUAACAGACUAGUUAUUGACAACAUGCCUUAUGCUCCUUACAUUUAAACCCAGACAUCAUACAACUAAAUCUUUGAGAACAAAGGGCAAAAUAUAUUAAUUUUAGAAUAUCUACUCUAUGUCUUUCCAAUAUUUUAUAUCCUUACGAUAAAUAAUUAAGAUGAGAUUUUUAUCUGCCACUUAUUAGAUGAAGAGACAAGAUGAGAUUUAUAGCUCAUUUACUUUCUAUUUAACGCACCACUUUUUGCCUGCAAUGCAAUGCACAGUAACUCAAUGAGGGCCUCUAGAAACCAGUGAAGUAUUUGUAAUACAACUUCAUUCUUUGAUGGCAAUAGCAUGGGGCAGCCAGCUUGAAGACUCGUUUCUACCUCACUACUUCUUAGUUAUAGGAUCUUGGCCAAGACCUCUUUUUUUUUUUUUAAUUUUUCCUUUUUUGUUGUUUUUGUUUUUGAGACAGAAUUUCUCUGUAUAUCCCUGACAGUCCUGGAACUCACUCUGUAGACUAGGCUAGCCUCAAACUCAGAGAUCUGCCUGCCUCUGCCUCCUGAGUGCUGGGAUUAAAGGUGAGUGCCACCAUGCCUAGUAAGAAAGUAAAUUUUGAGCUGGAUCCAGUUGGGCAAACCUAUAAUCUCAGCCCUUGGGAUGACCAUCUUGCACUGUAUGUCAAGACACUGUCUCAAGCAAACACUCUUAAAAAUGCAUAUAAUUCUAGAAUUCAGAGGGUGAGGCAGGGGGACUGCCUUGAGUUCUAGGCCAACCCGAGAUCCUGUCUCAAAAACAAAACAAAUUGAAGUCCAGGAUAGACAGGGAGCCAAUGAUUUGGAGUUCUGGUUAAGAAGAGCAUUAAUAAAUUAGUGAAAAUGACUUAUCAGUAUCACAUCAACUCUUAGCAACUAGUGAAUAUUAUAAUACCUAAGGCAUUGCUUGUGAUGGUGCACGUCUGUAACCCCAGAGCACUGAAGAACCUGAGGCAGGAGACUGAGACUGAACAACCAACCUGAACUGUAUGUAGGCAAAUCCUGUCUCAAAAACAAACACCUCAGAAAUAGCCAAAGAUUCAUGGUAUCCAUGGCUUUCAAAUUAUUUAUGUUCUCAGUAUUCUGGCUUACAUUACAAAUUUACUAGGAAAAAUUUUAAAAGAGGGGACCAAACAUUAAAAUAACAUAAACCUUAGUCUAAUUCUAGGCCAAUCAAUACUGAUGAACUUCCCUGUAGAACCUUUUGAUGACGAGAGCCUUUAUAGACUUUAGUCUAAAGAAACCUUCUUAUUUCCAAAGGUUGUUCCAUGGCAAGCCUUAAACUCAUGACCCUCUGACCUCAGCCUCCAGCAGGCUGUAAUCACAGGUGUCCAUCAUUCCAGCUCUUCAUUUCUCCCGAUUAUUUAUUAAUUUCUAGAAAUUAACUUAGAAAAUUUAAGGCUAGUCCCACUACAAUUUUGUGGCGCCUUUUCUGUUUUGCUUGUAACUGAUGACUCUCAGAUAGGUAAGGGGAACAAAAUGCUGAAAGGUACAAAAUUUACAAUUUUUCAUCUCAAAGGCACGAAAGCAUUUGUCAAUAUGGAACAUUUUAAAGUCACUGGGACUGCUAUUCUAGCCACUUUGUAGCUUUAGAAGGCAAAGACGGAUAGCCACAAUGGUUAAGCAAAUAGCAUACAGAAGACGAAAGAAAACAAGGAUAAAAAACCACAAGCAUCAGCGAAAGCCCUUACAAGGCCAGGUGGGGAGGGGUAUAAACCCUAAUUAUACAUGGAAAACGGGUGGGGAGAAUCACCAAGCAAUUUAGAAUGUUGAGUAAACAGAAUUCAUAAGAAACUGAAAAACAACUUAAGGAGGUAGAAUUAAAGGCUAGGCAGCGGCUGCGGGGAGGUUCCAGGGGUAGGAAUUGGUCCCUCUUCUAGCUACACAGCAUAGGUCUUCAGUGGGACAGUCGAAUUUCUUGAUCCACUCCACUGAUUCCUUAUCUUCUGCACCGAGUGACGUUCAUUUUACUUUAUUUUUUUGAAGACAGAGCCCUAACUGCUGCCUCACAAAGGCAUCCAGUCUCCUGCGGCAGCGUCUCGCACACACUCACUCAACACAGACAGGAAGUCCUCCUUUCUAGUGUGUCUCAUAACUACUGAGGCUGACUUCACACUUCAGACCUCAAAGGAAUUGUCGGCUUCUCCGACUCGCGGAACAGAACGCGUUUCGUCCCUUCGUCCCAGAGAGGCGCGCAAUAAAUCCGGGCUGGAAGGCAAUAUUUUGUGCACGCAUGCAUCCGCGCCUUCCUCCCCACCCCCCGCGCUGCUAGUAGGUCAGGACCCCCGCUCAUUUCCAAUCUACCCUAGCAAGUGAUAUACUCCCUUGUGGUCCCGCAGGCUCCCAAGGGUUCGCCUAUUUCGCAUCUUUGUAUUCUCCCCCAGCCUAUCAUCGAGACCUGCAGCACAAACUUCCGGCAAUUACAGCAGGAGCAAGGAAAACUGCAGCUACACCAAGGGGGGAGCAGCUGAAGCGCAGAUUCACCACUAGGGUCUCGGCGCUGACACCGACAUGGGAAGACGCGAGCUGGGAAUACACCUCAAGCCCCUGAAGAUAAUCAGAGCCCCCAGCAAUGGAUAAAUUUGUCAUUCGAACGCCUAGGAUCCAGAAUAGCCCGAAGAAAAAACUCAAAGAAAAGGUUUACAAGCAAGCCACGAUUGAGUCUUUGAAGAGAGUUGUGGUUAUAGAAGACAUAAAAAGGUGGAAAACUGUGUUGGAGCUUCCUGAGCAAACCAAAGAAAACCUGGUCGCCGCCCUACAAGAAUUAAAGAAGAAGAUACCCUCCAGGGAGGUGUUGCGGUCGACAAGGAUAGGUCAUGCUGUGAACAAGGUGCGCAGGCACUCGGACCCAGAGGUGGCGGGCCUUGCCAAAGAAGUUUACACUGAGUGGAAAACUUUCAUUGAAAACCAUCUGGACAGACCCUCUAUUGAAGUCCACAGUGAUCCAAAAACUGAGUCAUUUAGAAAAAAUGCCCAGAAAUUACUUUCAGAAGCCCUGGAAUUGAAGAUGGAUCACCUACUGGUUGAAAAUAUUGAACGGGAAACGUUUCAUCUCUGCUCGCGGCUCAUUAACAGGCCCUACCGGAGGACGGUGCGCGCUCUGGUCUUCACAUUAAAGCACCGAGCUGAGAUCCGGGAGCAGGUGAAGAGCGGGACGCUGCCGGUCGGCACGUUUGUACAGACCCACAAAAAGUGACCCGAGGACGGCCCAGCGUUGGGCCCCGCUCACCAUUCAAAGACUCUUUUGAGUUUGGGUGAUGCGGAUGUUGGCUGUGCUAGAUAUUCCCACGGUGCCAUUCCUGCAGACGGAGCGUGGGGAGCCCUGGGAGCCUGUGGGAGCGGCUUCAUUAGCUGCCUCGCGCUGGCACUGCCUGACGGGUCGAACAGGGCUGUCACUAGGAAGCGCCAUCCAGUUGCCAUCACCCAACACAAUGGAAGGGUGACAGGUUUCACUGUGAGCUUGCCAAGGACACCUCUAAACUCCCCCAUGUCAGGCAGAUGAAGUUACCACUUUAUUUCGCCACCCUGCAGGUAACUGAAACUCAAUUACCGCUGCUCCUCACUUGGUUCCAUCCCCCUGAGUUUAGACAGCUCCGAUGCCUCUCAGAACUCCCCUGCCUGCUCUCUUUGCUCUACCCCAGGGGUGAGCCCACUGGAGCCCGAGACCAGCCCUGCUUGCCUUCGCUCACUUAUCUGAGCCUUUCAGCUCUCCCUGGAAGACCUUCGGGGAUGGGCUCCUGAGCCCCCAUGCUGAGGCUUCUAAUGAGGAGCUGGCCUGAAGCUUCCCUGCACCUCAGGGUUCAUUUGAAUACAGGCUCUGUUGAAGAUGCAUAAUGAAAUUUCUCUUGCAGUGACUUACUGCAGUAAGAAAAAAAUGCAUACGUGAAGAUUUUCAAUGAAAUACAUCUAUACGUGCCCGCUUGGGUGAUUAUGUAAAUGCUCUUGCUCUUUAAAAAGUAAUAAUAAACUGAGAUAUACCAAA